GAGCUCCCAUUGGCCUGCGGACUCUGCGUCUGUAAUGUGGGGCGGAAAUGGCUGGGAGGGGGAUGGGGAUGUUGAAUUUGGAAAUUGGAGGGGACGCUCGUGGACGGAUUGGGUGCAAGGAGUUGGUGUUGAUGGAGGAGCAGGAUGCCAGAGUCCCAGCCCUGGAACCAUUCAGAGUGGAGCAGGCACCACCUGUAAUCUACUAUGUCCCUGACUUCAUCUCCAAAGAAGAGGAGGAGUAUUUGCUUCGACAGGUUUUUAAUGCCCCAAAGCCAAAGUGGACCCAGCUCUCUGGGAGAAAGUUACAGAACUGGGGUGGGCUUCCCCAUCCCCGGGGGAUGGUUCCUGAGCGGCUGCCCCCAUGGCUCCAGCGCUACGUGGACAAAGUAUCUGACCUCAGCCUCUUUGGAGGCCUCCCAGCUAACCAUGUCCUCGUGAACCAGUAUCUGCCUGGGGAGGGCAUCAUGCCCCACGAGGACGGACCACUAUACUACCCGACUGUCAGCACCAUCAGCCUGGGCUCCCACACCGUGCUGGACUUCUACGAGCCACGGCGGCCAGAGGACGAUGACCCUACAGAACAGCCUCGGCCUCCGCCACGGCCCACCACUUCGCUACUGCUGGAACCGCGCAGCCUGCUGGUGCUCCGCGGCCCCGCCUACACGCGCCUCCUCCACGGCAUCGCCGCCGCCCGCGUAGACGCGCUGGACACCGCCUCCCCGCCGCCCAAUGCGGCAGUCUGCCCGUCGGCGCGGCCCGGAGCCUGCCUGGUGCGCGGCACCCGGGUCUCGCUGACCAUCCGCCGCGUGCCCCGCGUGCUGCGCGCCGGCCUCCUGCUGGGCAAGUGACCGCCAGGACCGGGACCCCUCGGAUUCCCGGGUUCCUGCACCCUUGGGGCUGCUGUGACUCUGCGACCUUGGAACCUUGGGCAGAGGGGGCUCCCCUGGGUAAUUUAUUUUCCCAAUAAUUGUGUGUGAACUACCGAAGACCCCAUACCAAAUAAACAGAAAAUCUUAA